AUGGACAACGAUGACCUCGUCCUUUCCACUCCAAGCAAUUUCCCAGCAUUUCCAUACGAUCCGCCGUAUUCGAUACAAAUAGACUUGAUGAGUCACAUCUAUACAUCAAUCGAGAAAAGGCAUGUUACCAUCGUGGAGAGUCCUACAGGCACCGGUAAGACGCUAAGUCUGCUGUGCUCGAGCCUAUCGUGGCUUGUGGACGAGAAAGACCGCGCGCGCAAAGGCCAGUUAUUGCAGCAGUCCCUCUCGAGUACCGCGCCAUCAUGGGUAGCAGCUCAGGCUCUCGAUAUUCGGAAGCGCGAGUUGGAGGCAGAGGAUAAGGAAUACGAGGAACGCCUCGCCAAAGCUCGGAAGACCGAGGCUCAUUUUCGUAUGCUGGCUCGGGCACGGGUUGCCAAAAAGCAAGUGCACCAUGUUGGCGAGGACGCAUAUCUUCCAGACGAUGACUGUGAAGAUAGCCAGAAUAACUUCUCCCCCGCUGUUCGCGCUCUGAUGGCAAAGUCAGGGAAUAACAAACGUGAUCCAGCCUCUCAAGGAGACGAGCCGUCCUGCACGAAAAUAUAUUAUGCUUCUCGCACACAUUCACAACUUUCACAGGUCCUGCCCGAAUUGACCAAGCUCAAGUUCAAACAUCUCGCUUUGGGCAGUACUGUUCCAGAUGAGAGCACAGUGGGAAACAUGUCUCGAGCUGAUCGCGAUCUUUGCCAAAAGAAACGGGCCCUCGAGGACGUAGAUAGUGAUAAGUGCGAAGCUGAUCUGCGUCGGUGGCGGACUGUAUCCCUUGGAUCUCGCAAACAGCUGUGUAUUAACGAGGACGCAAGGUCAAGGCCAGGAGAUAUAGACGAGAGAUGCCGGGAAUUACUGGAAGGGAAGCAAAAUAAACGGUGUCAAUAUUUGCCUCCGGUGGGUGAUGACAUCCGCAUGCUUGAUCUACGAGAUCAGAUUCUGGCGUCACCGAAAGACAUAGAAGACCUUGCCACUGCUGGAAAAAAUACACAGACUUGCCCUUAUUACGGAUCUAGACGAGCGAUACCUCAGGCAGAGCUUAUUACUCUGCCUUAUAACCUGUUGUUGCAGAAGACCGCCCGAGAAGCCCUGGGAAUCGACUUGACUAACCAGGUCGUUAUCAUUGAUGAGGCGCAUAACUUGAUACCAACUCUAUUAUCACUUUCAAGUGUCCGCCUCACAUCCAAUAUCCUAUCGACCUCAUUGAAACAGGUUUCAGUGUAUUACAAAAAAUUUCGCAACCGGCUGUCUGCAAUGCAUGCAUUGCAUCUGAAGAGGCUUCUUAAUUUCCUGGAUGCAUUCCAGAGAGUCGCAAUGGAUUGGAUAGCCCAGAAAUUGAGCGCCAAAUCCAAAAGCCAAGAUACUGAAGUUAUGACCGUGCAAGAUUUCAUCCACAGGCUCGGGAGAAAAGUCGAGGGUAUUAAUCUCCUUGAAAUUGAGUCGUAUCUUAAGCGCAGCAAAAUAGCACGGAAGAUAUCUCGUUAUGCUGUCGAUGUUUCUGAAGGGCGCGAUCAUAUCAUUGAGUUUGCAGGGGAAAAUUCUGGAAAUUCAUCGGGUGUGGCCACGCCGCCACUGCAUACGAUUGAAGCACUGAUGUUGGGACUGGCGGGCGCAAGUGAAGACGGGAGAUUAAUCUUCUCUGCUGUUGGAGAUGCUGUCGAGAUUAAAUACCAGCUACUGAAUCCAUCGGCGUUGUUCCGCGAUGUCGUGGAGGUGGCACGUUCAGUGGUGCUUGCUGGUGGGACCAUGUCGCCGAUGUCUGCUGUAGUGUCCGAGCUUUUCACAUAUUUGCCUCUAAACAGGCUGACGACUUUCUCUUGUGGUCAUAUUAUCCCGGCAUCCAACGUGCAGACAUUGUUGCUUACGAAAGGGCCUUCAGGCUUGGACCUAGAGUUCAAGUUCGCGCAACAGAGCAAUCGGCAGGUCGUGUCCGAGUUAGGUCAGAUCGUAUUGAAUUUCUGCAACGUCGUGCCUGGAGGAAUAGUUGUCUUCUUCCCUUCCUAUGCAUCACUGAAUUUUGCAAGAGAAGCUUGGAGCCAGAGUGGAUCAUUAGACAAAUUCAGCGUGAAGAAAAAAGUCUUCUUGGAACCACAGGAAAGUUCAGGAGUUGAAAUAAUCCUACGGGAGUAUGCUAUAGCUGCCAAAACACAUGUAAGUCUAAUGAGCUAUAAGAAGACUGGCGCAAUACUGUUUGCAGUUAUCGGUGCUAAGCUUUCAGAAGGGCUGAACUUUUCGGAUGAUCUCGCUCGUGCUGUUGUUGUAAUUGGGUUACCUUUUGCCAACAAAAAUUCUCCGGAGCUGCAGGAGCGGAUGCGGCACGCAAAUCAAAUAGAGUCACGAUCUGCUGUAAGGAGACAUGCUGGUGGUAAAGACGCAGCAGCAGAAAUGUAUGAGAACAUGUGCAUGAACGCAGUCAAUCAGAGUAUAGGCCGAGCCAUCCGACAUCGUGGUGAUUGGGCUUCUCUCGUACUUAUCGAUCGGCGGUUCACGUCACCUGCGAUUCGCGGGAAACUACCGCAAUGGCUAAGAGAUGAUGUGGCAGUCUGUGAGACCUUUGGCCAGGCGAUGAAGCACCUAGGGAACUUCUAUCGAGAGAAGAAACAACGUAUAGUAUGUUGA